AUGGCCCUCACCCGGGCGGUGGGGCGAGCAGGUGCCGUCGCGGCUCUGGCGCUGCUCUGGCUGCUGGUCUGCGCCCCGGGGGACGCCGGCUGCCACCUCCUGACGGUGGCAGAUCUCUUCGACCGGGUGAUCCGGCACUCGGGAAGGAUCCACAGCCUCUCCACGGCGCUCUACGCCGAGCUGGAAAAACACUUUCCUCCCCGUGACAACGAGCUGGGGAAGCCCAUUCGUAAGUGCCACACGUCGGGGAUGCUGACCCCCAACGGCAAAGAAUACGCCCAAAAAAUCCCGAGAGAAGAAUUAACUCACGUGAUACUGAAACUUCUCCAAGCCUGGAAAGAACCACUUUCCCAUUUUAACCAGCAUAUUGAGCACCACCAAGAGUUACCUGAUGACAGCCUGAGCAAAGCCAAGCAAAUCAGCAAUAUGGUACAUGAGCUGAAGACUGGGGUUGAGAAAGUAACAGAAAAGAUGCAGUCAAUGGGGAUCAUCAGCAAUUCGUUGAAUGGAAUGGCAUCAUCUGAGACCACGGGUUUAUCCAUUAGUAAUGAAGCAAACAUGAUGAGUGACUCUGACUUUAUUCACUGCUUCAGGAGAGACUCCAAUAAAGUACAAAGCUACCUAAAAAUUCUUAAGUGUAGGAUUAUGCCAGAAAAUAGUUGCUGA